AUGGCCAUUCCUCCUCCGUUGCAUCCACUCGCCAUCGUCGUCGUUGUCACCGCCAUGCUCGUCCUCCUUCCCUCCCCGUCCGUCGCCGGCGACGCCGACCUGCUCCAGGACAUCUGCGUCGCGGAUCUCACGUCCACCGUGAAGGUGAACGGGUUCGCCUGCAAGGCCGGCGCCGUAACAUCGGACGAUUUCUACUUCAAAGGCCUCGCCGUCGCCGGCAACAGCAGCGCCACCCCCUACGGCUCCGUGGUCACCGCGGCCAACGUGGUCCAGGUGCCCGGCCUGAACACGCUGGGCGUCUCCCUCUCCCGGAUCGACUACGCGCCGGGCGGGGUGAACCCGCCGCACACGCACCCGCGCGCCACGGAGAUGGUGUUCGUGCUGCAGGGCACGCUGGACGUGGGCUUCGUCACCGCGGCCGGCAACCGGCUCGUCGCCAAGACCCUGGCGGCGGGCGACGUGUUCGUGUUCCCGCGCGGGCUGGUCCACUUCCAGCGGAACGCCGGUGACGCGCCCGCCGCCGUCGUCGCGGCGUUCAACAGCCAGCUGCCUGGGACGCAGUCGCUCGCCGCGGCGGUGUUCGCGGCCGAGCCCGAGGUGCCGGACGCCGUGCUGACGAAGGCGUUCCAGGUCGGUACCAAGGAGGUGGAGAAAAUCAAGGCUAGACUUGCACCCAAAAAGGGCUGA